AUGGCCACCCCACACACCGGGACUAGGGGAGUACAUACAUAUGACAGCUUGCGGGUUGUUUGCCCUAGAAGUCCCGAGACGGAACUUGCGCAGGUGGUCCUUGGUCUCCUGGGAGAAGGUGUACAGCCUGGCUUCGGAGCUCUAAGAGGGGAGAGGUCAGCUACCGUGGACUCGUUCCUGGCGAUGCUUUGCUCUGGAGCAGUGAGGAGGGGUCUGCGCACCAUUCUGACUGACUGCUUUGCUGGAGCUAAUGCUGCUUUAGAGGGGAUCCGUGUGUGUCUGGCCCCCCUUGAGACGAGAGAAAGAGAGAGAGCAGCAGGUUCGAAAGAACAAAUGUUUGCACGGCUCUCCCAGCUCGCCCGCCACCUGUCCCGACCCGUCCCCAACUUCACCCAUACUUCGGCAGCGGCUUCGACCGCAGGCUUGGCAAGGAGCGGCAUCAUGGCGUCGUCGGCGUCGGCGGAAGAGCGCAACACGCGCGCCAUACACACGGCCGCGUGCCUGAUCAUUGGCGAUGAGGUCUUGGGCGGCAAGACGGUUGACACCAAUUCUGCGUACAUGGCAAAAUGGUGCUUCUCUUUAGGCAUUCAACUCAAGAGAGUCGAAGUUAUCGAAGAUGAUGAGAGUGAGAUCAUAGAAGCCGUCCGUAGAAUGAGUGAUCGCUACGACUUUAUUGUCACCAGUGGUGGCAUUGGACCCACGCACGACGACAUUACCUAUCAAUCCAUCGCGAAAGCUUUUGGGCUUCCCCUGAAGCUGUACGACGAAGCCUAUGAGCGCAUGAAGCGGCUGUCAAGACCUCACUCCUCGCAGCCCAACUUCAGCUGGGACGAAGACACGCCUGCAAGGAGGGCCAAGUUGAGGAUGGUUGAGCUGCCAACGGAUGAGUCUAGAGAUCUCAAGAAGCAGUUCCUGUUCCCACGAGACGAGCUGUGGGUUCCCGUGGCAGUCGUCAACGGCAAUGUCCACAUUCUUCCCGGCAUCCCUCGACUGUUUGAGGCCCUUCUGGAUGCACUCAAGCCGAGUAUCGUCCCGCGGCUCACGGACCCGGAGGGCAAGGGCAUCUGCCGUAUCCUGGUCUCGACACCGAUGGCGGAGAGCGCCGUCGCGGCAUAUCUGACGGAUCUAGCCUCUAGGGUCGAGUCCAAAGGUGUCAAGGUGGGGAGCUAUCCAAGAUGGGAAAAGAAGACCAACACCGUGACGUUGGUCGGAAGAGCUGACACAUGCCCGGUCCUCCUCGACAGAGAUCAAGCAUUCCUCGAGAGCUUGGUGCCCGAGGUUGUCGAGAACGUGCAGGGAAAGAGGAUCCUGGUUGAAGGAGAGGAUGAUGAGCCCUCGGAGCAAUCCUAG